ACUCCCUUAAUAUCUGAUUUUCUCAUGGGUGCCUGGCACUGGCAGGUUUUUCCUCCCGAGCAUCCUCAGUCACCAGCUUGGCUUUUGAAUAAGGCAGGGGAAUGAAGAGGUGCACAACUGCAGACUUCACGGGAAGGAGUUAACUCCCUUUUUCUUUGAGACCACUAACACUGAAGGACCCAAUUUUGCUUAAACUGUGAUAACAGGCAGGGCUGGGUAACAGGCUACUCAGCACUCCUUUGUGGGGAACAGACACAGAACACAUUACCUGCAGAUCACGUCAUAAACACCCUUUUGCUCUUGCAGAACACACAUUAACAGCGUCCACCUGAGCCUGUACCCCAUAAACAUGUUAUACCAAAUGUGUUCCUAGUAAAGCAGUUACACAGCCUUAAGAAGAGUUUAAUACCUGACCAAGAUCCCAAAGCACUUCAGACAUGACCGGAAACAAGUGAUUAACAUGUUUCUAGCAAACAUGAAGUCACUCUCAGAAUGGGCCGUUAUCCAGUGGAGCGCACGGGCUGUGGGUAUAAAUGGGAAGGUUCCAGCAGAGCUCCCCACUCGGCCUGGCUGGUCCCUCCUGCCCUGCCCACACCAGGCCGAAGAACCCUCAGCACUAUGAGGGGCACAGCGCUGGCACUGGCCUGUCUCACUCUCCUGACCAUGGCACAGGGAGGACAAGGGGAAGGGAACACGGUGAGGCUCUGCGGGAGAGACUUUGUCAGAGCCGUCGUGUUCACCUGCGGCGGUUCGCGCUGGAAGAGGCAUCUGACUGAUCAUCACUACCUCUUGGAGAGUGAAAACCCCCAGCCUUUCCCACACAACAGUGACGCCGACUCCUCAACCUACACAGACCAGAGGUUGGGGACUGACCGCGAAGAAACCCACGAGGUCAAGUCCAAGCCAGAGCAAGACUUGCACCACACCAGCAAAAUGUCUGUGCUAAGCAAGCGUGAGGCAGCCAAGCUACUCACCACAUCCUGCUGCAACGUGGGCUGCAGCAGGAGGGAGAUCAGCUCCCUGUGCUGAAACGGGGCUGCCAAGGCUCAGUAUCACAGCUUCCACGGAUUAAAAUAAUCAUGAUAUAAACCACAAUUAGUUCAGUUGUGUUCUUUAAUUGUAGCUUUACCCUUUUGAGUGUUAAAUGUCAUAGUGCACACCAGCAAGUGGCUCCAGUGAUAG